CUCCCUUGCAAUCGACAGAGGGCGUGAAGAUUCAUCAAAAUGGCAGCGACCAGGCGGCUCCAAAAAGUACAAUAAUCAUUGUUCUACUUUACAACUUUACUUCUGCAAAUAUUUUAUUUAAUUAGUUUCAUAUUUGAUUUACAGACAAAACAUUUAUAAAAAAUAUAUUUUUAUAUUUAAAAGGAUUAGUCUUAUCUGUGUUUUUUUUGCCAAAUCAUCGUAACGUUGAUUCAGGCAAAAAAAAAAAAAGAAACAAAAAAGUCACAAAGUGCAUAGCAUAGGCAUAGGCGACCUACACUAAAACAACUCAGCAACUCAUUAAUAAUUACUAAUUAGUCUAGUCUAGUCAUAUCAUGUUACGUCGUUUAGACUAAAUCAUAAUUAUUUCAGAUAGGCCUAUGUGUUUUUCUGAUAUAAUUUACAUUUAUUACAGGGCCUAAAGUUAAAGGAUACUAGUAAAAGUAAAAAUGAGUAAAUCUCUUAAUGAAUGAAAUCAGAAAUAAGUCUCUAUUAACUUUAAUACUCUUUAACUAAUCAUGUCUAUGACUAACAUUAUUUUAUUGUUUGUAAAAGCAGUAACAUUUGGUAAUAAAAUUGAGUGAUUGAUGCCUAGCUUAUUUCUAAUAUAUUGAUUUAUCAAUAAAGAGAAAGGAUUAAAUUGGUACACGGCUUAUACACGGUACACACUAUUUAAACAAUUUUUUUUACUAAUUUUAUCGGUUCUCUUUUAAAAAUAAUUUAAGUUUCUUUUAAUUUUAAAACUACAAAGCCAGCCUCAGUCACUAACCAAAACUUUUCAAGUUUGGUUAUAAUCUCUUCUUAAAUUUUUUUAAAUCAGAUGUUAAGGGAUUCAAAAAUAACGAAUCACGACAAUCACGUCAUAAUUAACAGUGAUAAGAGCCAUUUCCAACAUCUUGAUAGAAUCAAAUUAACUUUUGAUUUAGUGACUUUUCACCCCAGACCCCCUGUUAUUAUGUUUUCAUUAUAAAAGUUGUGACCUCCCUAUUCUAAUGUACAGUUUUUGUGUGUGUUUUUUUUUCAUUUUCAAAUAGGUUUAGGCGCCCAAAAACAUUUUACAACUACCAUAAAUAUAAAUUCUACAUGUUUUUUUUUAUUUGAAAGUGUAAGCUCUGAAACAGGUCAACGUUACAGAUUGAUAUAUAUUUUUUAAUUCUAAAAACUGAUUAUUGAAGGAUAACCUAACAUUAGAGAGAGUUAUUAGAAAAAUACACAUUGACACUCGAGGAACGAUAACAGGAUACUUUCUGAGGGAAACUCAAGACCCACAACCAACGGGCACACUCUACAACCAACCAACUAUUAAAGACAUAUCAAAAUCAUUUAUUGAAUUAGAAGACGCAUCUCUACAAGCAGGGCUGGAAGUUAACAACCAAAAAUCAAAAUACAUGACCAUGAUAAGAGAGGAACAAACAGAUGAAACAAUUAAAAUUAGAAACCAAACUUUUGAAAAAGUAAAUCAAUUCAAAUACCCAGGAUCCUUGUUAAAAGAAAGAAACGAAUUACUAACAGAAAUAAAAGAAAGAAUAUCAGCCGGAAAUAGGCAUACUUCAGUAGUCAGAAAAUACUCAAGUGAAAACAUUACAAGAGAAACAAAGAAAACUAUUUAUAAAACUGUGAUCAGUCCAGUUGCAACAUAUGAAAGUGAAACUUCGACCCUAACAAAAACAGCAGAAAACCUAUUAAACACAUGGGAGAUGAAAGUUCUCACGAAAAUAUAUGGGCCAACAAAGGAUGAAUAUGGAUGGAGAAUACGAACCAACCAGGAAUUAUACAGUCUAUAUCAGAAUCCCACGAUAGUGGCAGAAAUAAAAAGAGGCAGGCCACACUGGGCAGGACACCUAGAGAGAAUGCCAAAUGACAGAGGAACAAAGAGGGUACAUCACCAAUACCCCAGAGGAAAAAGGCUCAAAGGCAUAUUUAGAAUUAGGUGGAUAGACGAUGUAGAAAAAGAUCUACAGCAGCUGAAAGUCCAAGCAUGGAAAAGAAAGGCAUUAGUUAGGUCUGAGUGGAAGGAAGUGGUGAGGCAGGCCAAAGCCCUACACGGGCUGUAGCGCCACAGGGAUGGAUGGAAUAUAGAAGGAAAAAAUGUGUAUAAUGCCAUCUCAGGAUAUCUCAUUUGCAUUCAUGUUGAAUUUCCAUUUGAUUCCUUCAGAUCAUAUUAGUUUAUUCAAUUUCCGACAAGAAUGUAUAUAUUUAUAUAUUUGUAAAGUAGAUUAUUUUUUAUAAAAGUUUUUGCUAAGUAAGUGCAGGGCUUGUAAAAAGGGCUCAGUUUUCUUUUUGGCACAGACAGGCUAAAAGCCCCUGUCUUUGUUGUAUGUUAGGAUAUUUAUAUUACUAUUAGUACCAAUAUGUUUCAACUGCAUACUCUAAAUGAGUUAUUUUCAAUGAGUUCUUAAUGCAUUAUUAAAUAUGUAGGCUUAGAGCUAUAUUUAUAUAUGUAUGGGGAUUAAACCAUCUUACAAAUUUUUAUUUAAAAAGAAAUAACUUAAAUUACGGUACCGGUAUUUAAAAAAAUUUCCCACUUAAUUUACAGUAACCACUCCUUUAAAAUGAUUUUUCAUAAUGACUCAGAACUCAUUUAUAAAUUGAUGAAUGUUUUCAGAUGGAUGGAUGUUCUACAUCAAAUAAAUUUUAAAAUUGAUCUUAAAUUUCAAAAGCCCCAACAAUUUUUCAUUGUAGGAAGUUUUUUUGAUGAUUUAAUAUAGCCAUUUAGGAUUUUAAAUUGCAUAUUAUUUGGAUAGAUGAGAAGUAAAAAUUUGAACAAAUUUAAGUUUCUGAUGAAAAAGUUAUGCUCUUGUUAUUCUUAUGGUCAGUUAGUGGUGUGCAACCUUCAGGUCACAACCCCAGAUGAAAUCACACUAUUUUGGCUGAUCUCUCUCUUCCCCCCCCCCACUGUAACACAUUAGAUACUUUAUCUCACAAAGUCAUGAGCCCAGUGAUGACAUUGUUUGUGGAUGGCUUACAAAAGCAACAUUUUUACACAGUGAUUUAGUAAAACAACUCAACAGGGCUCAUGGCCCUUUUAAAAGCUAGACAUCAUUACUCUAAAUCAUGUUAUAAUUAUUAGAAAAAAAGGUCUAUGGAAGCCUAAGCAGAGCAAAGAUAUUCAAUUUCAAGCCUUCUUUUCUCGAACCACUCACUUUUUUUAAACUGAUGCAAAAAAGGGCAACUGUCUGCCUGUACAAUGAGAGGUAGAAUACUUAAUAGUUCAAAACAUACAAAGGAAAUGAUGUCUUCAAUUUAAAAAUUUUCCUGCCUGGCAAUCUCACCAAACUACUCAGUGAGCACAAGCCGGGUCUGUUUUGUCAAAGACCUAUAUUGAGAUUGAUUUUUUAUAAAUAAAAUAAUAACUUUCAUAUUAUGUAUAAUCUUAAGAAUUUAAAUAAAGCAGACAUUAAUUUAAACACUUUUAAUUUUUUUAAAAUUAUUUGGGGGGGGGGGGGGGUGUUAAAAUAAUCUGUCUUUUUCAAAAUAGGAAAUGUUCAAAUUUUUUCAAGAAUUUUAUUUUAAAAUUUUUACUUUGCCCCAUAAUGUCUUAAGUUAUUAUUAAAUUAGAAAUUGUUUUUCUUUUAAUCAGGAGCUUGGAGAUCUCAAGUCACCAAAUUCAGUACUUAAGAAGUCAUUUAGAGACAUAUGUGUAGAUGAAUCUAAUAUACUCUUAUGGCAUGGACUAAUUGUUCCGGUUUGUAUUUCAAAUUUAGUGAUAUAAAAUAUACAUCUACUUAUACCUGUGUGGUACAUAUAUACAAUUUUAAGUAUGCAGAUUACUUAUAUAGACUUUUCUUCUGAAAGGUCAGUCAAGAAUUAAUGUCCAGUUCUUUUGUAAAUCAUUUUGUAAGUUGACUUUAUUUUGAUCAUUUAAAAAGUAUCAAUUUAGUUAGGCUUAAAAUGAAAUUCUUACAAAAAUUUUCAUUAAUUUUUUUCAAUAGAUCUACAAAUUUUAAUGCUGUAUUAAGCAUGUGAAAGUAAUAUUGUUUUGAUUUUAACAGGAAAAUCCCCCUUAUAACAAAGGAGCUUUCAAAAUAGAGAUAACAUUUCCAGCUGAAUAUCCAUUCAAGCCCCCCAAAGUGAUAUUCAAGACAAAAAUUUACCACCCAAAUAUUGAUGAAAAAGGUCAAGUGUGUCUGCCUAUCAUCAAUGCAGAGAACUGGAAGCCGGCUACAAAGACAGAUCAAGGUGAGGUUAUAGCAGACACAUUUAUUUCUGUAACUGUUUUAAGAAACUUAAUGUGUUAUGCAUUGGUGCAUCAGAUCGAAUCCAUCUGCAGUUUUUAGAAACUCUUAUCACAAAGUAUCCAAAUUUGUUCGAAAACUCUUCUUAUGCAUAUUAAUCACGCAUUGUUGUGCAUAAGCAAAUCACCAUGUUCUGCACAUCUCAUUUAAGUAACUUUUAAACUCGAUGCUACAAUGAUGAAAAUAAUUGCUUCUCUUGAAGUUUUUUUUUUACUUUCAUGAUAUCAAUUUGGGUUGACCUGCAAGACAGAGUCCACAUUGACAGUGGUAGUAGGCAUGUUCUUAGUUCAUCAAUGAGUCCAUUUUUAUGUUAGUGCUCUGUAUGAGACUACUUUAAAAAUGUUAAUAUUUUUUUUUACAUUUUCAGAGAUGGUCUGAAGGCCUCUUGAAAUGGCCUUGGGGGGCCAAAUUUUGCUAGUGGGGGCCAAAUUUUGCUAGUAGGGGCCAAAAUUUGCUAGUGGGUCAGACUCUUUGAGUACCCCUGCUCUAAGGCAUAGGCUAAUUAAUCUAAUUGUGCAGAGACGUUUUGUCAAUAAAUGGAUUUCAUUCGACUAUAUUAAUUAAUAUCUGAAGACAAUUUUGAACUUUUUCAGUUGUGAGCUCCCUUAUUGCCCUGAUCAAUGAUCCAGAACCAGAGCACCCACUUCGUGCAGACCUCGCAGAGGAAUACACCAAGGAUAGGAAAAAAUUUAUGAAAAAUGCAGAAGAACAUACAAAAAAAUUCAGUGAAAAGCGACCAGCAGACUAACAAUGAAUAGAUUACUUACACUCUCAAGUCCAAUAACCUGAAAAUCUUUGACAAGGACAGCAUCUUAUGUAACACGAAGUGGUGAUGAUGUACAUUCACUUGGAGCUUUCCUCAUUUUCAUAUGUUUUCCUUUUGUUUUCCUGUUUAAACCAAUCAUCCGAAACAAGUGUGACUGAUGUGCAUGUAUAAGCUCAGACCUUGACUUUAGAUGUUAAAAAUGAGGGUUAACUGUUUUUGAAAAAGAUUCAUCUUAUUUAGCUUUUUUCCUUUCUUUCAUGCAUUCAUCUGCCUAGACAAUUUGUGAUGCUGACAUUUUGUACUUGACUACUCAGGUGUAAUGUCAUAAAUAAGAAGAAUAGGUAAUAAUAUUCCAAUAUUUAUUUUAGAUAUAGAGUAAACUAUUGCUAUGUUGGCUGGUGUUUUUAGUAAAACGCUCUUAGCUCAUGUUGUAAACCUAUUCUAUUCAAAUUUGGAAUGAAAAUGUUGAAUAAUAUAUUGUGAUUUAUUGCAGUCUUAAAACACGCAUAUAAUUUUGAAGGAAGUUCAGUUCUCCUCUUGUCUCGAAUACAUUUUAUAAAUGAUCUUAAUCUUACUUAGUGUUAAUAUAUUUAUUUUCGGCAUGCAAUAGUUUAUCGCUGCCAUAACCAAGUGUUUCACAUCCGGUAUUUAUUUUAAAAAGGACUUAGAAAGAAUGAUGUGAAUUGAAAUAACUUCUAUUUUUGUGUUGGCUGACUCCACUUUGACAACAGUGUGGAACAAAUUUUGAGUUCCCUUUGAGUACCGUAUAUGAAUACAAUACAAUAUCACAAUUAUCUCACCCUUUUCCAAAUGUAGCGCUAAUGAAUGGUAGUCAUGCCUUUAACAACUACCCCUCUUUUCCAUUUGUAAUAAAUUUUAUGUGUUGUAGAUCAAAAGUGAAAAUCUUUUAAGUAUAAUUAUUAUACUUUAUUGAUAUACAGUACAGUAACUAUAAAACUGGUAAAAAAAAACUGUUUUAUAAAUUUACACUAAUUUUUUUAAAAAUUUGAUUUUCGGUAACUGACUAACUACAUUUCCACAUGUUAUGUGUAGAGAAUCACUUGUAACCUUUAACUCAUUUAAAGAGAAGAAACAGAAUAAGGAAUUCUUUUUAACAUUUAUCACAUCACAGAAACAUUCAUUGCAUUUCCUUUAAAGUUUUUAAGUAAGAAAAAAUAAUUUAUUGGUUAAAAAAAAAUCUUUUGUACAUAUUGCCUUUGACUUAUCAGCCAUAUUUUAUGUAUGAUAGGUUAUUUUCAAGUUAGGUUGUAGUUUUAUAAAUUUCAUUACCGUGGUUUGUUAACAUCAGUUUUCUAUGUACCGGUACAAAAAAGAUUUUGAAUCUAUAGUAAAAAGUCAGGAAGCAUAUUUGUACAUUAAAUUUUAAAUUUUCUAUCCCUGACUUGGGCAAACAGAAAUAAUUGCAAAUAGUAAUAGGUUGAAAAUCUCACCAGCAAAUGUAAAAAUAAAGCGAUGCCAUAUAAAAGAAGUUUAUAAUUUGUUAUUUUUGCUCAUUGAGAUUGUGGUAUUGAAAAAACACUAACAGAUGAUAGUUUCAGUUGUACAAUCUUCAAAUGAGAUGAGCAUCAAACAAUUAUUUGUCACUUGUCUGGUUCACUUCAUACAAUCAAGUGUAUGAUCCCAUGUUUGUCAUACCGAGAAUCUGCAGAGAAUGUCAUGCCAUGCUGAUAAAACCUGAUUGUUACUUUUUUCCUUGGAGCUGACUUUUUGUCUGAUGCACUGUUACUAUGAACGUGUGACUUAAACUUACUUAAAUCUGAUACCUUUCUUAAAUUUGAAUAUUAAAAAUGUUUUAGUUGGACAUAAAAAUUCAAAAAAAAUUUCUUUAAGUUUAAGGUAAUAAAACAACUCAUUGUGAAAUAAUUUUGAUGUCAGUUGUCAGCAUAGGGUUAUUCCUGACUAAUAGUAAUAGACCAACAUUUAUUUUUUGAGUCCAGUUAGACUGCUGACUCCCUCUGAUUAUCUAUUUCGCUGGUGUUGUUUAUACUGCUUCUUGGUCUUCUUUUAAAACUUGUGACUCAGAAACUUGAUAAAAUUAUUCUUUUUUUUCCCCUGCAUGCCCAUAACUUGGAAUCAUCUCUAUUUCAUUGAAAUUUUCAUUAUUUCAAAAUGAAAUAAAAAAUAGCACAGAUCCCUAAUUUUAUACUGCCAUAAAUGUUGAAUUAUAAAUUUUUUAACUAGAUUUGUCUGUAAUUUGCAAUGCUAAUAAUGAAUAUUUUUAUAACAACAUGGCUUGAAGAAAUCUCCUACUACUAAUGCUAUGCAAAAUAGAUGUCUCAACAAUAUAUUGUCAGUGUGCUAAACUAACUUGGAAAAAGAAGCAUGUGAACUUUCAAUGCUGACAUUUAUGAUUUAUACCAUGCCAAUCACUUAUGUUAACAUUUCAAGUACCAUUUGAUUUGACAAGUAGAAUUUGCACUGGCAUUUAUAAUAAGGUAGAGAUAAUAUUUUGACUGGUUAAAGGAAAAACAGUUUCAAAAAGGAGCACUAGCCGUGUUUGUGAACGCGUUUGUUUGCCAAAUUUCCAAAACCUAUGUCGUGAUUUCUGUUCGAUUUAUUUGUUCAAUAAUUUGACAUUAAACAUAAUGACUAACACAGUGAUGUGGGUAAAUUCCUUCACUGUCUAAGUUUGUAUAUUUAUUUAUGUUGUUAGUAAUUUUGUGGUAUAAUUAAACAUAAUUUUGAAAUUUAAGUUUUUGAAAUUUAAGUUCUGAAUUUUUUUAUUUUGUUUAAUCUGUAAAAAUUUUGGGGACAUUUUUUUAGAUUGACUGCACCAGGUCUAUUGCAAUAUGACAAACCAAUUUGUAAAAGUACAAAUAAAUUAAAUGACCUAUUUAAUUGUGUCAGUGUUCAUAAAUCUGUAAAAUACACAAAAAGCUCUUAUAGUAAAAAAUAAAAUUUCCUGAAAUUUUAGUCUCAAAACCUUUUUUUUGUACAUAUACAAUAAGGAAUUUUUUAAAGAGUGAAAAUUAAAAUAACCAUGAUGUUGUACAGUUCUUGUUAAAAGUCCAACAUGAUAUUAAUUAUUUUUGAAAAGCCAUGUACCGGUAUUUUACUUGUAAAAAUUAAGGUUUUUAUGAAACCUGAGUAUAUAUGUGUUGUGCGUCACAUCUAAUUAUAUUUGAGGGACAAUUUUAGGAUUUUUUUGGCAUUUCAAAUCGUAUUACUGAUGUGUCUCAUUUAGCAAUUCAUUUCUAUUUUCAACUAUUUUAAAGAUUGGUAUGAGAGUAUGGUAUAUAUAGGCUGUAAUGACCAUGAAACC